CUCCUCUUUCCCAGUCACCCUUAUCGCCGCUGUUUCGUCUUGAAUUAUCUAUCAGAUUAGUUGCUCUUCUGUGGAUAAAAAGUGGUUCGAAGAUGAAUCAUUGUAGCCUUCAGCAGAACGCCUUCAUGUCUCGUGACGAUUCGAGAGGAUUUGUUCCUAUCUAUUGUCAUCCAAUGGACUCUGUUGUUUGCCCUAAGCCCCGUCGUGCCAACAACGUUAUUCGUCCCCUUAGAUUACAUUUUAGUCAAUCAGGAGCUGAUGAUGUGUGUGAUUCUAAAGCCGGGGAAGAUCUUUUGGACAUAUUUCGUAGAAAGGAAUCAGUAUCAUCUACAUCACCCCCAUUUUUCCUUGGGUCUCCCCCGAGCCGAGCAGCAAACCCGUUAGCUCAAGAUGCACGCUUUGGAGAUGAGAAACUCAUCACUGUCUCACCCUCACUCUCCCCUCUUCUCUCAUCUGCAUCUCGUGUUAAGGCAGGAGGAGGAGGUUGUGGUAGAAUGAAGUUUGGGGUGAAACCAGCAACUGUUAGAGUAGAAGGGUUUGAUUGCUUGAACAGGGACCGCCAAAACUCAAGCAUACCUGCCAUGGCCUAGAAAGAAGAAGGAACAAAGAGAUUCAUAAAGUGUACAUAAGAUCCAGAAUCAAGACUCUAUUUUUGA